UACUUAAACCUUUUUUCUCUCGACGAGACGUUGACUAAAAGUCAAACAGUCAUCAUCGGAAUCAAUGGCCGGAAAGUUAUCUCCUCCGGCGAAGAUUAAGCUCUUCUCCGUUCUAUUCCUCAUCCUCACGGUCUCAUUUCCAUCACCAAUUUUCGUAAAUGGCUUCACUUUCCCAUUUUCAUUCACACAAUACAAAACCCUAAUGUCAAGCUCACGAUCCCUCCUUCUCCGCGUCGCUAACUUGCGCGCUUCACGCGGAGACGCGUCGGGUUCGACUCGGGUACGAGCCAUGGCUGAAGAGAUAGAUCGUGGAUUAGGGUUAGGGUUUUUGAGCAGAGCUUGGUCUGUUGGGUGGGAUUACAUGUGGAAUUACGCUUGGAGAAAAGGUGGGAUUGACUACGGUGAGAUGUAUGGUGCGAUUGGUGAUCUCAAUGAGCUUAUGGGUUUGGUUACAGAGUUUAAUAGAGCUGAAUCUAAUGCUGAUAAAGCGAGCUCUGUUGCUAGGAGCUAUGGCAAAGCUCUCCGUGUUUCGAAACGAUUGCUUAACCGUCUUCUCAGAAUCUUUGGUAAAUCGGGUGCAUUGAGGGAGUUUUGGGAGAUGGUGCAAGCUGAAGUAGUCGAUGGAGAGUUAUUACAAGACUGUCUAGAAGUGGGCAGCAACGACGUUAAGAGUUUGCUUCAAAUAGCCAAAGAUAUGGCUCUGCAAUUCUUUUCUUCUGGAAGCCGUUCCUCAGAUGAAUUAUAGCUACAAAGAAGAGUGCUUUCACGUACGUUUCAUCUUUCAAUUUUGUCCCACAUCGGAUGCACGUUGUACAAUAUUAUGCAUCAGCCAUAUCCUCUAGGAAACCUGCGAGAACUGUUUCGACCCUUACAUAUUUUGCUAGAUAAGUUUCAGGGAUAUAUAAACUAGAAGAAACCAAUUUGUUUGUUCGUUUGAGAGGUUCAUAGACUAGAAACUCAAUGUUCGUUCAGAAUUCCUUUAAUCUAAUCCCACUUUUUGUGUCAUGA